CUCUGGCCCUGAUACGCCGUUGUAAAAAAUCCCAAACGGAUCAGUGAAUAAAAAUGGUAAUCCUAUUUUAUUGUCAUUCUGUUAUGGAAAUUCAACGCAUUCAUUUUCUGAAAACCUGAAAAAAAAAUCAGCAAAAUUCUUCAAAUUCUGCUACUUGCUAUAAUAUUGGACCAAAUGUCUCUCCAUAAGAUGUGAAGACGUGAAAAAGUUGCGUGAGUGUGAAUACUGAUGCACGCACUGUAAGGAUGUGAAUCAAGUCUCUUCACAGUGAUGUGUCACGCAUGAUGGGCGGGACUUUUCCUCGCAGUGGGGUCAGGGGCCCCUUCAGGUCCAAGGCGUCUGGGGAUGAACUCGCAGACACAUUUUCACGUCCCAGAUUCAAUCUGCAAACUUUAUCCUGCGGUUUUUGUUUCUUUUUUUCCUCGUGGCUUUUUUUGUUUGUUUUGUUUUUGUUUUUUUGGUGUCGGUUUGUGGGAAUCUGAGCCCCAGGGAAACAGAAAAAGCUCUCCCUUGUGUCUGUCACUGUGACCGCCCACAGCACGGAGCUGAACGGGGGGAGAGAGAAAGUGGAGCUUUGUGAAUGACGGGAGCGGCGGAGAGCAGAAAACAAACUUUACCACUUUAUUCCCUCCAGCCUGCCUCCAUUUUCCCUCCCAGACAAUAAAGUUCGGAUGUUUAGGAGCCGACACCGAACCGGAGGAGUCCCGAUGCAUGCAUAGCAGCAGCCUGACCGUGACUGGAAUAACUGUUGGAGGUGGCAGAUCAUUCCGAGCCAGAAUGGGACCACAGCUUCCCAAAUAGCAACGAUUUUCCGCCUUUAAACCAAUAAAACCUCAUGAAGGGACAAUAAAAAUCCAAAUAAGCUGCUGUGCCGUCGAAGUUUUCCAGAAAAGUUGUAGAAGAUGUUUGUUACUUUAUCGAUUUGUUUCUGCCUGCUGGUGAUGGUCGGUGCAGACUCUUGCCUCAUCAUCAGCGAGAUCAACGCUGAUAACCCCGGACUGGACACCACCGAGUUCGUGGAGCUGUACCACACCAGUGGACAGCGAGCCUCCCUGGAUGGCUACACCCUGGUGUUUUAUAACGGCAAAGGGAACGUAGCCUACAAGGUUCUGGACCUGAAGGACCACAGCACGGACGACAGAGGAUUCUUCCUGGUCGGCUCCUUGGACCUGAUGCCCAAGCCGGCCAUCCUCCUUCCCCCAAACACGGUCCAGAACGGCCCGGACGCCGUGGUCCUCUACCGCACCGCUGCCGCCCGCUACCUGGAGAAGAUGAACGUCACGGCGGUAGGGCUGGUGGACGCCGUGGUCUACAUGACGCGGCGCUCCGGAGGAGCCGAGUUCCUGGCGGAGGUUCUGACGCCCGGAGAACCGGCGUUUGUUGAAGACGAAGCGGCGCACGAGGCGGACGAGUCGAUCGAAAGGUGCCUGCUGUCGGACGACCAAUGGGGCUUCCGGGUGUCGGUGCCGUCUCCAGGUCAGCCGAACAACUGCACCCCGCCGGCCGCGCCGCUGACCAGUCCCUUCAUUAACGAGCUGAAGCUGGGCAGCGGACAGGUGGACGGGUCGGUGGAGCUGACAGACGCCUCGGCUGCAGGGCCCGUGGUUCUGGUGGUGUGGGAUGGGAAAACGGACAAGGUUAGCGUUAGCAUGGACGUGGACACCUCCAGGAAUGGACUCAACUUUAUGACCGUCAACAAGAAAUACAUGAAAGGCGAUGAGUCUGGCGCUGUGGCUAUUUACAGCGGCAGAGCUGCAGACUUCCCGGUGGGGAGUCCGCUGAGGCAGACGCAGCCUCUCGAUGCGUUCGUGUUCGCCGGGCCUGGAAACAAGCCGAGCUCCAACCUGACGGAGACGCUGAUCCCCGGCAGGCUGCCCUACCAGCUCAGCACCAGUUUGCGAGAGGGCGGCUUCUACCUGAGUCGCUGCGGUGUGGCUACCUGGGCCAGAGAUCCCGGCACCUUCUGGGAGGCGCCACAGACUCCCGGGCUGCCCAACAAAUGCCCCUGGCCCAAAAUCUGCCCCCACACCAUCUUGAUCCCUGGCGGAACGGAUUCGCCGCCUCACCUGCCGCCGGGCAGCAGCGGCGACUUCCUGAUCAAUGAGCUGAACACGGACACGCCGGGCGCGGCCGAGGACGGGGAGUACAUCGAGCUGUGGCACCCGUCGGGCCUGCGGGCCUCGCUGCAGGGCGUCUGGAUUCUGCUCUUCAGCGCGCACAACAACAAGCCGUACCGGGAGAUCAGCCUGAGCGGCCACUUCACCACCGCCAAGGGUUACUUCCUGCUGGGCAGCGACAGGCUGGCGCCGGCGCCGUCGCUCCGCCUUCCUCCCAACACCAUCCAGAACGGGCCGGACGCCGUGGCGCUGUACCGCAGCCUGUCCGGCCCGCCGUCGGCGGUCCAGAGGGGGAUCCCGACCCGGGGCCUGCUGGACGCCGUGGUGUACCGGCAGAGGGGGUCGGACAUGGAGGCGCAGGAGCUGAGCAAGGCGCUGACCCCGGGGCAGCUGCCGCUGCUGGAGGAUCCCGAUGUUCUGCCCGGCGAUGAGGCACUCAGCCGCUGUGGAGGCCUCUACCCGUUGGACCUGUCGGCCUUCUCGGUGGCUCCGCCCACUCCUCUGCGGGAGAACAUCUGCCCCCGUCCUCCUCCGGCGCCGGAAGGCGUCGUCAUCAGCGAGGUGUCGAGCGCGCGCUGGAGCAACCACAGCCAGCAGGCGGGCUUCGUGGAGCUGCAGGGGCCGCCCCUGACCGACCUGCGGGGCCUGGUGCUCUCCGUGUUCGACCAGGACGUCGGCGGCACCGCCAUCGCCCUCCCGUUACGAGGAGUCAUCGGCCAGGACGGCUUCUAUGUCGUUGGACAUGGCCAUGACGCAGAUCAGGCCUUUCCUGAGGGAACCUCGGUGCCGGCGGGAGGAGCCGCGGUCCUCUGCUACGACCUGUUCAGCGUCUGCAGGGCCGGCACGGCGCUGACCAACUCCAGCCUCAGAGACGUGCUGGUGUUCAGCGAGAACCAGCGGCUGCUCGCCUCCCUGUCCACCACCAGGGGGCGACAAGUCCUGCCGUCUCUCAGAUCCGUGGGGAACGGUCCCGUGUCGCUCAGCCGCUGCUCCUGCUGUCAGGUCCGCAGCCCGUCGUCGUGGACCAGCUCGUCUCCAACGCCGCAUAGCAACAACAUCUGUCCAAGCUCCGCCUACUCCAGUCAAAUCGACCUCUGCCUCGGACCGCCGGCCAGCAGCUGGCAGGAGCAGCCGGGAGACUGCAGCGGUUUGAUUCAGGGAGCAAAGAUGGCGGAAGUGGCGGAUUACCUGGAGCAGAGGUGCGACUGCGGCAUCUCAGCUCUCUAUCUGCAAGGCACCAACGUUUCCUGCGUGUCCGGUUGGCUGCGGGUGCAGGGCGACAUCCAGGCGUUGUCUGACCACCAGAGGGCGCUCAUCAUCCAGACGGCCAGCUCGGAUUCCUCUGCUGCUCGGGUGGAGGCCUGCUCUCCUCCCAGCACCGGCCGCUACACCGGAGCAGCGUCGGCUCUGGGUUUGCAGAUCGGACUGAUCGUCGCCGUUCUGCUGCUGCUCGGACUCGGAGCGGCUCUGUUCACAUACCUCUACAGGAGGAGGCGUCCGUUGGACUACUACACCAUGGAGCUGAGCGAACACGCCGAGGGCCUGUCGGAUCUAUAACCGGCGUGUUCUGAGGCGGUCAGAGGAUGUUUUCAGGUAUUUGUGAGCGGGGACGCUGCAGGCGGAUCUCCGAUGGAAAAGACUUUGAGCCGCGCAGCGCAAUGCAGCGUUUCUGGCUCCAGAUAAUAACGUAGUUUUCUAAAGACGGAUGUGCGACUCUUUGAAACUGCUGGUUAUCGACUGUAAGGGAAAUUCAGAAAAAAGAGGGAACGCUUUUUCUUAUUACUUGAGUCCUAAAUACUCAUUUGUUGACUUGUUUGUUCCACUUUUUAAAUCAAAGCAACUUUACUUUGGAUCAUUUUUGCAGGAAGCUCC